AGGCAAGAUGCAGGCAGCAGGCUCCAAAGACAAGAGGCGGAGAGCGCCCGACGACAAAAGAGAUGACCCCGACUAUGAGAACAUCACCUCGGCCUUCAGAAGCCAAGACAAGCCGCCCAAGAAUCAAGGCAGGUCCCGGUCACCCCCAGGUGGGGACCAAGCUCCCCCCUGGCUGUACAGAGUGCUCCUGAGUGUGUAUGCACUCCUGGCGCUGGCUUUCAUCUUCUGCAUCAUCCUCUCGGCCUUGGUUCUGGUGAAGAGUCACGGGCUGUCCUGGGAGCUGCAGAACUUGAAUAAGAACUUGAACGAGGAGCUGUGGAAUGUCUCCAAAUCCGUGAAAGACUGCCAGGCAAGCCUGAAAUGGGACAUCCAGAAGGGGCUCAUCGAGGUCAAGAACGCCAUCAACCACAGGAAUGAGAAACUGAAGAUGGUGCCAGAAGACCUGAUGGACAUCAAGAACAAUUUACAGAAGGUCUUGCAGUUGCUGCAGCAGCCCCUUCCAAGGCCCACAGCUCAGUAAAUGAAGACAUUUGACGCCAGGCAGCAGCUUGGGGGCAUCUGCAUCUGCUGGUAAAGACAACCCCAGCCUGGCGCGAACCUGUUCUUCACCCCCAGACCCCAAGCCGCCUGUGGGGGCGCUGGUGCGCAAAUGCCGCAGUAGAGGGCCGGGUGGCCUCCGCGGGCAUGCCAGGCUGCUGUCCUCCCCGAGUGCCCAGCGGGCGCCUCCCUCGGCGGUGGCUGUGUGCGCGUGAGCGUCGUGUGUGAAUGUGUGGGGCUCGCUGGGACUGUGGUGGGGGCGGCCUGGCACUACCUGUGCAGCCAGGUGAGUCCAUGUGACUGCCCCCGUGACGUCCCCAGCUGAGUUCGGGGUGCACAACUCGUGGCCCUUUGUUUCUGCACCCACGUUUUGUGAUUCAUGAUGAUAAAAGC